AUGCACUUCUCAAUGAAAACCUUGGUGCUGGCCACCCUUGCAGCUGGCGAGGCGUACGCUGCCAGCAUCGCGCACCAGCACUCCGCAGUCCACAGCCACGCCCGCAAGCACAACCACGUCGAACAAAAGCGUGCCACUGCCCUCAGUGACGCCGACGCCAGCAAGCUUACAAGCCUCGGUGUCGCAAGCCUGGGUGUCAACUCGGCCGUUGCCAACGGACAAGCCUGGCUCAAUGGCGACGGCCAAUGGAAGGCCAACUUCGCGAACGAAGCUGGUGAAGACUUGGUCCUGGUCUGCUGGGGUGUCGCUGGCUCCUGGAUCAACGCCGUUCAGCCCACCAUCACCGCUUCCCUCCCGGCCAACUCGACCUUGACCGUGUCCUUUGGUGAUGGCGCCUCGGGCGCUUGCACCGCCAUCUACUCGGACACUCAGCUUGUCAACGGCCAAGCCAGCAACACCUGGAUGGAAUUCACCUUUGGCGAGUAUGGUGUAGUCGACGUUUCGCGCGAAGUCAACAUGAGCGGACACAGCCUCAGCAUCGUUGGGCCAUCUUGCACCUCGAACAUGGACACGUGCGUUUUCGUCUGCGCAAGCGGAAACGUCUGCACGACUGGUUAUGUCCUCCAGAACUGUGCCACCGGAUCCCAACCCGGUGCGAACUUUGGCACCUACGCUGGAGCACCAUCGGGUGGAUGCGGUGGUAUGGGCACCUCUGCUACUCUCGCCGUCACCUGGUCAUGA